CCUUUUUCUUUUUUCUUCUCCUCCUCCCCCUCUUCUCUGGGAGGGAAUAGUCAAAAAAAAUGUUCCCACAGAUCUCGCGGUGCUAUUCGAGAUUCCCUAUUUAAAAAAAAAAAAAAAAAGUUUAGAAUGAUGCAAACAAGGAGCCUUUGCCUUCCGGAGUUUCGGGCUGGGACUGCAGCGCUUGGAUCCCAGAGAAAGCAGCUAAGGGCGGAGGCGGGGCUCUGGCCAGUUCCCCUUCCACCUUCCCCCACUCUCCUCCACCAACCUCUGUUUGGCCAGUAGCUCAGUUGCAGCCGUUGCUGGAGCUGCUUCGCAGCCCUUUUCAGGACCCAAUCAACCGCAGCCGCUGUUCCCAGGAUGGUGAUCCGUGUAUAUAUUGCAUCUUCCUCUGGCUCUACGGCGAUUAAGAAGAAACAGCAAGAUGUGCUUGGUUUCUUAGAAGCCAACAAAAUAGGAUUUGAAGAAAAGGAUAUUGCAGCAAAUGAAGAGAAUCGGAAGUGGAUGAGAGAAAAUGUUCCUGAAAACAGUCGACCAGCCACAGGGUACCCCCUGCCACCUCAGAUUUUCAAUGAAAGCCAGUACCGCGGGGACUAUGAUGCCUUCUUUGAAGCCAGAGAAAAUAAUGCAGUGUAUGCCUUUUUAGGCUUGACAGCACCACCUGGUUCAAAGGAAGCAGAAGCCCAGGCAAAGCAGCAAGCAUGAACCUUAAACAUUCUGCCUUAAGCUUCCUGAAAAAUGAGUCUCCAUUGCUUUUAUAAAAUAGCAAAAUUAUCUUAGCUUCAAAAGGAAUAAGCUUAAUGUUGAAAUAAUAGAUUAGUUUGUGUUUUCACAUGCAAACAAUCAAAAUGAAUAUAUAAUUAAAAUGUGAGCGUUGUGGUGAGGAGAAUAGGAAAUGAACAUAAAAUUUUAGUAGAUAUAAUAGUGGUGUUAUCUGCCAAGGCAUUUUAUGUACUUUAGUCAUUUUACAAAGAAAACACCCUUCACCUUUUUUUGGUAUUAUUAUUGCAGCUUAAGUAUAUCUGUAGCUCAACAUUGAGGAGUUUAAAAAGGAGAAAGAG